AUGGAGCAGCUGACUGGAAGUGCAGGCAACAGCGAGUUGAACAAGGGCGACCCAUCACUUCCAUCGCUGCAGAUGCUCUUCUCCGUGGUGUUGCGAGCGCGUCUUCAGCAAAGCGAGGAGUUUCGCAAAGCCGACCCGCAGCUGCUGAUGAUGCAGCGGUCGGACCUCUUCACUCUCGUUUUGCAGGGGCAGUCGCUGCAAGAGUUCAAAGAGCUCUCCGGCGACACAAGCUCCUGGCCUGCAGCUUCGUUCCCAGAGAGCCCAAUACCCGUUAACUACGGAAUGUGGCGUAAAUUAUACAGGGCUUCAUAUGAUGAUUUACGCUAA